AUGUGCCUUGCAGGACUUGUUCUUGCAUUGUUGUGUGGUCUCUUUCCUUCGCAAAUUUUAUUUUGGAGAGGCAUGAAGUUGCAGCAGGAUUUGGAGCAUGGUUUUUGGCUUGAUGAACUGCUUUGGUCAAAGGUCGAUGCUUUAUCCCAUAGCAGGUUUUGUGGUACAACUUUCACAGCAAGUCAUGUAGGCAUCGUACGAUUUGGUUGA